AUGGCAAUGUCUUGUAUAACUGCCAUGGGAUUGAAGACAGAAGACCUCUUUUUUAGCCUUGGAUACGAACAUUACUCAAAGAACGGCGUGGAUACAAUCUGGAUUGGAGCAACUGAUAAUGUGAUCGAGGGUGAUUGGACCUGGAUUGAGAGUGGUGACCCUUUAACAUUUACUGACUGGGGUCAAGGGCAACCUGACAACUGGUCACCUGAUGACGAUUGCACCGCUAUGCACAAAGUCUUAGACUUCAAGUGGUCGGAUGAAGAUUGUAAUCUGUACAGUUUUAUGUACAUUUGUGAGAUAAACAAUACCAAUUUGCCAAUGGUUGAGUUGGGAUAA